UCCUUGUUGGGGAAUCUCGCAGCUGGAUUGAGGAUGUGCCCUCCUACCUUGGGGCUGCAGAUGAAGUCGGAAACAGCAGUUACAAAAGUUUGAAAAGCUCCCCAUCGCUUGGAGAAAAGCAUAUCGUUUGAAUCACGAUUUGCAUUGUUUUAGGAGACCGGUUGGAGGGGCACAGCAAUGACUGUUGCGUCAGCCCCAUCACAGAGCUAUCAUGCAUUUAUGCCACACCAAGGAGGCCGAGAGGGCCAGGUAGAGGGGCAGAACCUGUAAAACCACGUGUGUGUGUGUCCCAGCUGGACGAGUACACACACACACACGUACACACACACACACACACACACACACACACAUAGCCUUUAGACACACAUACACUGGUACGUGAACGUUUGCCCUGCAGCUGCCAUGUCUCCUAAGGUACCAGGCUCUGGGCGUGGAGGGGCGGAGGAGUCUCCUGUGCAGGUGGCGGUGAGAGUGCGCCCCCUGCUGCCCAAAGAGCUGCUGCGCGGUCACAAAAGCUGCAUCAGUGCCGAUCCCGCCGCCCGCCGCAUCACCCUCGGACACAACCGCCACUUUCUGUGUGACUUCCUGUUCCAGGAGGCCAGCGGGCAGGAGGAGGUCUACGAGGCGUGCGUCCAGCCCCUGGUGGAGGCAUUCCUGCAGGGCUUCAACGCCACCGUGUUUGCCUACGGGCAGACCAGCUCGGGCAAGACCUACACUAUCGGAGAAGCCAACAUCUCAGCAUACAGGGACGAGGAGCAGGGCAUCAUCCCCCGGGCGGUGGCCGAGAUCUUCAAGCUGCUGGACGAGAACGACCUGAACUACUUCUCGGUGCGCAUCUCCUACCUGGAGGUCUACAAGGAGGUGUUCAGGGACCUUCUGGAGGUCGAGACACCCAGCAAGGACAUCCACAUCCGCGAGGACGACAAGGGAAACAUUGUGUUAUGCGGCGUCAAGGAGAGCGAAGUGGAGUGUCUGGACGAGGUGCUGAGCCUGCUGGACAGUGGUAACACCGCGCGGCACACCGGGGCCACCCAGAUGAACCCCAAGUCCAGCCGCUCCCACACCAUCUUCACCGUCCAGCUGGAGCAGCGACGAGGGGGCCCGGGGGGGUCCGGCAGGGGGGGUCCGGCCACGGGGGUCAGGUCCAGCCCCCCCCACCACCUCCUCUCGUCCAAGUUCCACUUUGUGGACCUGGCGGGAUCGGAGCGCAUCCUGAAGACGGGCAACAGCGGCGAGCGGCUCAAGGAGAGCAUCCAGAUCAACAGUGGCCUGCUGGCACUGGGCAACGUCAUCGGGGCGCUGGGGGACCCCAAGAGGAGGGGCACGCACAUCCCCUACCGCGACUCCAAAAUCACCAGGAUCCUGAAGGACUCCCUCGGGGGCAACGCCAAGACACUGAUGAUCGCCUGCAUCAGUCCGUCUUCUUCGGAUUUCGACGAGAGCCUCAACACGCUCAACUACGCCAAGCGCGCCCGCAACAUCCAGAACCGGGCCACGGUCAACCAGGCCAACGAGCCAGGCCGCGUCGAGGGCUUGGAGCACCAGAUUCGAGCGCUUCGUCGGGCCCUGGAGACGCGGCACCGCUCCGAGACGCGCAUCAUUGUGGCACGGUCCGAACGUGAGCGCUCCGGCCGGCCACCCCCCCAGAGGGGCGGAGUCGGGGCGUCCGGGGCGGAGUUUAGCCGUCUGCAGAUGGAGAGCGCCCACUACAGGACGUGCACGGACUCGGCCUAUCGGCUGCUGCUGGAGUUACAGGGGGAGGCGGGACUUAGUGCUGCCCAGUUGCAGCGAAUCAGAGCGUGGCUCUGCUCAGUGGAGGAGGAGCGAAGUGGCCUUAGCUCCGCCUCCGGGCCCGACAGCGGCAUUGACAGCGGCUCUACCGAAGACAGCAGCGCCCGGAAGAGCAGAGGACACGCCCUCAGGAACCAGGACGUGGAGCCCGGGACAGCAUUAGAGGAGUGUUAUCAGGAGCGUGAGGAGUGUAUCGCUGCCCUGCAGGCCCAGGUGCAGCAGCUGGAGCAGGAGAACACGGACUUCCUGUCCGCACUGGAGGAUGCCAUGGAGCAGUACAAACAACAGAGUGCGAAGCUACAGGAGCAGCAGGACCUGAUUGGAGAGCUGCACGGGCUGCUGUCACUUCCUGGUGGGGUGGGGCUUUGUCAGCUGACUCAGAGACCGCACACCGCCCCUCUACAACCCACCCAACACACACCUUACAGUGCUGAGGUGGAGCAGAGGUGUGUAGACGCAGGUUUCCAGGGUGACCAGUGGGAGAGUGACCAGGAGAGCAUCAUCAGGAGAGAAGUUGAGGGCAGAGAUGGAGAGGACGCCCCCUGCAGGCAGAGCAAGGAUAGGCGCAAGUGGCUGGGCCUUACCGGGGCGAAGAGGGAUGAACAAGGUCAUGGUCAUGUUCAAGGUCAGGGGUCAUCGACCGUGGGUGGAGGUCACCUAGCUCAGCUCCUGGGUUUGAGCUCCAGUUCAGGGUAUCCUGUUCUGUCCAACAGCCUGAGACGUCAAUCGAACAGCAGUCUAGGCGACAGCUCGUCGUGGGAGGCGUUCCGGGGCCUGGGGGGCGAGGUGGGGUCGGAGCGAGGGCUCCUGCAGGCGCAGCAGAAGAUCCGGGAGCUGUCAAUCACCAUCCGCAUGAAGGAGGAGCUUAUCAAGGAGCUGGUCAAAACAGGUAAGGACGCGCAGGCGAUGAACCGGCAGUACAGCCGUAAGGUGUCGGAGCUGGAGGCGGAGGCCGAGCAGGCUCGGGCGGAGCUGACCGAGGCCCAGCGGCAGCUGACGGAGCUGGAGGUGACGGGCACGCGCGACGCCGCCGACAAGAGCCGCGCACAAGAGUGCCGCCGCAAGAUCGCCGCCGCUCAGAGCAGAGUGCAGGUGCUGAAGCAGCGUCAGCAGGACACAGCCCAGCUGGCGGACCUGUCUGCGCAGAGCGCGCGGCGCGUGCAGGAGCUGGAGCGGCAGGUGCAGAGCAUGAAGCAGCACCAGGAGCAGCUGCAGAGACGCCUCAAGCAGGAGAGCCAGCAGAAGAGGCGCCUGGAGAGUGAGAUGCAGCGUGGCAAACACAGGGUUAAGGAGCUGGAGAUCAGGAACGAGCAGCAGCAGAAGAUCCUACGCAUUAAGACAGAGGAGAUCGCCGGCCUCCAGAGACAGCGACGCUCCGGCAGCAACGGCUCCGUCAUCUCCCUGGAGGAGCAACAGAAGAUUGAGGAGCAGAAGCGCUGGCUGGAUGAUGAGAUGGAGCGCGUGCUGGAUCAGAGGCGGGGUCUGGAGGAGCUGGAGGAGGAGCUUAGCAGGAGGGAGGAGAUUCUGGCCAAGAAGGAGGCACUACUGGCCGAGAGGAGUGGCCUAGAGACCAAACGCCUACGCUCCAGCCAGGCUUUGAGUAAGGACCUGGUGGCGCUGUCGGGCCGGAUCGACUCACUGGAGCGGGAGCUGAGCGAGCGGAACAGCCAGCUUCGCAGCAGCUCCGCCCAGGACUCUCAGCACAUCCGCCAGGAGAUCUCCAACCUGCGCCAGGAGAAGGACACGCUCCUCAAGCAGAGGGUGGAGCUGGACGACAAGCUGAGACAGGGCAACCUGCUCUCGCCAGAGGAGGAGCGCACGCUGUUCCAGCUGGACGAGGCGAUCGAGGCGCUGGACGCGGCCAUCGAGUACAAGAACGAGGCAAUCACGCAGCGGCAGCGGCAGCUGCGCGCCACCGGCAGCAUGCUCUCCCAGUGGGAGAUGAACCUGAUGGCCAAACUCACCUACCUCUCCGCCUCCGAGACCCGCGCGCUGCUCUGCAAGUACUUCGACAAGGUGGUGUCUCUGCGUGAGGAGGAGCGUCGGCUGCAGGUGGCGCUGGCGGAGCUGGAGAUGCGGGUGGAGGAGCAGCAGCAGCUGGUGGUGUGGCUGGAGGCGGCGCUGGAGAGGCAGCACCUGGAGGCCGACCGACGCCUCAUGCAGCAGCAGAAACAACACGAGAGGAGCGUUCAGUUACUACUGCAGCAGUGUAGAGAGCAAAUGGACGAGGGUCUGGCCGGGAGACAGAGGCAGUACGAGACACUCAUCCACAAUCUCAGCAAGGAGCUGAGCCACUGCAAAGCAGCCAAUCAGGAGCUGCUCAGCCACUGCAAGCCAGCCAAUCAGGAACUCAGCAUGAGGCACAGAGAGCCCUGUGGGCCAAUCGGCCAGCUUGGGGAACCACCCAGAGGCUCCAGCGGCGAGGGCAGGAGGCCCAGCAGCGUGGUGGAGGAGAGUCGGAGGAGCACGCCUGAGCCUGAUCGUCCAGCGCUGCGCGACCUCGUUCACGCCCCCCUGCCGCCUACCUGGCGCCGCUCCUCGUUGCCCACCGAGGACCCGCAUGGCAUGGAGGAGCUCCGCAUGCGCGCCUCUGGCGAGCUCCCGGCCAGUCGGCUGCUCCCGCCCAGCACCAGCCUCAACACGGGUGGGGCCACACUCUGGGGGGGUGGAGUCAAACCGCGACGGGACCUGCGCAGGUCCAGUCUCUGCACUGGAGCACAGGGUUCCGGACAGGGAAUCAUCGACGUGCGGAAAAACCCGGUUUGACACACACAUCACGGACUGUGGGUGUGUGUGUGCGUGUGUGUGUGCGUGUGAAUAAAGGACAGUUUACAGCCACUCAGACUUAAGACUGGUACUAAACAUUCUUUUCUUUUCUUUCUCAUUUUCAUUAAAAUAUGUAAUUAUUCUUUCUUUGUUCAAUUGAUCAGAUGCUUUUGUUUGCCUUUUAUACAAAUGUUUUUUUUUUUUUUUAAGAAUCUUGGAUACAUUCUGACAUAAUUUCCUGUUUAUAACAGCACUUUGAUUCUCUCAGCAUAGGACAUUGUCAUACCUUCAUCUUGUCUCUGAAGUAAUGGUGUCAUAUCUCUCUGAAUGGCAUUGUCAUAUAGCUCCAGGAUACUGAUUAAUCAUGGACUCUAAAUUCAUCAGAUGGUUCCCAUCAUGACUCAAUAUAUCAGUAAGUGGAAUGCAGUAUGUUGUAAAUAAAACGUACAGUUUC